UUCCACCCCAGUUAAAAAUAUUUUUAUAGGAGCACAGCAAGAUUAUAUAAGCCUAAAUUGCCAAGGACAACAAAGUUAUACAUUAAUAACUUUGCUCUCUUUGCCAGUUUAUGCUUGCAAGGUUAAUGUGUGCUUGGGCAAAACAGUUCGACACAGGAAAUGGCUUUUCAUUGGCUGAAAACUAAUAUGAUCAAAUGAUUGUAGAUAUGUUUUUACGAAACAGCGUGUUGCAAUCGCACACAGGAAAUACGAGAGCAAGAGAGAGAGAAGCUGAUAGUGCUUACAGCAGCCCGUGGGCACACCUUUUCUCUGGAACUCCUGCUCAGCUUCACAAACACAAGGAAUCUAAAAGAGUGUCUCCUGUGUUUCAGCUCAUCUGCAGUUUGAUUUGACCUCAAUGGCCAACAUGAGUGGGACACAGUUUCCUGUCUAUGCAGUGAACCAGCCUCUGUCCAGCACAAACAUCUCCAGCAGCUCUUGGCAAUUAGAGGCAGUCAGGGGAGUCCAAAUCACCGCGACCCUGAUCAUCUUUCUGGUGGGCAUACCUCUGAAUGGUGUGGUGGUCUGGGCACUUGGAAUACAGAGUCACAGUCGUCUGGUGCGCAGAGGCAGCGGUGGGGAGACGCGUGCUGCCAGCAGUUUCCGUGUCUAUGUCCUGAACCUGGCCCUGGCCGACUUGGUGCUGCUCCUGCGAACCCCCCUCAUGUUGGGCUACAUCGCUCACAAUUACAGCUGGCCGUUUGGCCGUGUCUUCUGCCACCUCAUCAUGUUCUUGCGAGGCCUGGGGCUGUACGCCUCAGCCUUCCUCCUCUGUGCUGUGGCCUUGGAGCGAUGCCUGUGCCUGCUGAGGCCUGUGUGGGCUCGACUGCGGCGGCCAUCCUGGGCUGUUCCUCUGGCCUGUGGCAUCUUAUGGCUGGCAGCCGGCAUCAUGUCUGCCCCUUACUUCUACAGCGCUGUCCUGUGGGAAGAGAACGGGACAUACCAGUGCCUGGAGAGUGGGACUUUUGACAAGGGUCUGUUUCUUACAGAGACAAUAGGAGGUUUCAUUUUGCCCCUGACGGUGUUCCUGGGAAGUAACAUGGCUGUCUUACUCACCAUUCAUAUUCAGCAAACAGUGCCCCCAACACCCACCUCCUCCAGCAUUUUAACUGCCCGCAGGAUGACCAGGAUGUACCAUGUGCUGUUUUUCACCAUGCUCUUCUUCCUCACCUGCUGGGUGCCCUAUUUUGUUUGUCGUUUCCUUCGGGCCUUGGUCGAGGGACGCCCUGAUUGGAGAGAGAUGUACAAAGGAGCCAUACAAGGCGCGUACAUAUCACUGUACUUGGUCUACAUCAAGAGUGCUCUUAAUCCUGUGCUCUAUGUAUUCGCUGCCAGAGGCUUGGGCCGCGCAAUCAAAGCGUCAGUUGUCUCCACUAUUGAACGACUUUUCAAUGACGACUCCACCGAGUCCAUACGAAGAAAGUCACUGAAGAACUCACGCGUGUAACGGAGGUCAACCAUGUUUUUUAAAUCAGUCUUUUAAACAUUAUCAUUUGUGCAAAAUGGAAAAUGUCCAAACUACUACUUUUAAUCGGUGGACUCCUCCAUUAGUGCAAAUUGCUCGCAUACGCCAACGCCAAAAAUGCAGAGACUGAUCUGACUGUGACUUGAAGUGAUCCUGGUUUGAAUCAGUUUGUCUGAACCCGCUUCGGCCAUUUUACCAUGUAACAAACACUUUCUGACCAGAGAUUGGCAAAACAAGUUUAAUUUAAAGGCUUGGUUUGAUGGUGGCAGCAAGCAUAAAGUGAACAUUUUAGAGUGAGUUUUUCCAGACAGAGAAAACUACAGCACCACAGUUAUGUGCUGAAGGACAAACCCACAAACACCUCAUCAAACAGUGAAAUGGCACUGUUUUUUCUCUACUAUCAGAAGAGAACAAGACGACUCAUGGUCAGUUAAACUAGAUGACUGAAGACGCCAAAAAAAUGCCGCUUUUGUUUUUACAUGCUGAAGGCAGGGUCAAAAUUGGCAUGAAAAUGAAUUCAUGAACCAUCUUGCCUCUCGGUUCGUGGGCAGGAAACAACUUCUAGGUAGGUAUGACGUCAAAGACCACAUAUUUCAGUGUCACAGAUUCAAGGCUCCAGGGUAACCGUUGUAAUAUGUGUUCCACUGAGAUUAUACACCGUUAUGUUCGCAUGUAGUGUUUCAGUAUCAGGGAACAGAUAGUGCCAUUGGUCAUGCAUGCAUGAGAUCACCAUGUUUAAAUGCUCGUUUCUGGUGGUACCUGUACCUACUGAAUAACCCAUUGAAUGGGUGUCUGUAGAUGACAAGGCACAACAUGCUGAGCAGGAAGUAAACAUUUAGCAGGGUUUUAUUUUAUUUUAUUGUGAAUGUAUCGCAUUCGUGGCUGGACUAUAUUUAUGCAAUGACGGCUUCACUAUUGUUUUGUUGUUUAUUAAAAACACACCCCACUCUUUCAUUGUUAAAAAGCCAAUUGAUGGCACCACUUUAAAUGAAUUUACUGUUCACAUUAAAACAUUUAUAAACAAAAGUCAAAUAUA